GCUCAACCGUCCAGACUCCUUGUGCGGAGAAGUGAAUCAAAUCCAAACACCUCUACAACUAGUACAACUAGGUCUAUUAUAGUUGAAGUAUGAUUGUUGUAAGUUGUAAAUCGUAAGUACGAUAUUGUAAGCACAUUAUACCAUAAACUAGUCAAUACAUAAGGAAGUACGAUAUUGUAAGCACAUUAUACCAUAGACUAGUCGUGACCCGACGAGUGCUCAGACGAGUUAUGGCAAUAUAUGGGUGAGGUACCUCAAUGUCCGAGAAGAUACGUAUUCUAGUACUCCAUGGAUGGGGUCAGAGCGGAAGACAACUGCAGAACCGGUUGAGGGCCUUAUCAAAGCGAUUGGAUUCGAUUGAACUGGUCUCCGUCACAGGUCCUAUCUUAAGUGAGGGUGUUUCAUCUCGCUGAUGACUGAGUAUAGAAGUCAUUUGAGGUGCACUGAUGAUGAACGCACUAAAGGCUGGUCUUCGUCACAGGUCUUAUCGCCUUACUGCUUUAAGGGAGGAUAAAAGGACCAGGAUAGGUAAUAGCUGGUGGUAGUUAGAGGUCCUAUCUUAACAAGUGGAGGAUAAGAGAACCAGCAGGACGAGGAAAGGUAGUAGCUGGUCUUGCGGUUGUCGCUGAUGUAAGGACGAUAAGAAGAGACCGUUGAAAAAAAAUCCUCUAACCAGAGCACUUCCCGACAGGAGAGGCGAUGAAAGCAGCUCAACAAUGGCCGAGCCUCAAGCGCUUCCCGACAGGAGAGGCGACGACAGCAGCGUUACAGUUGAGGAGCUUUCUACAAGACACAAAAAUCGUGGACAAGCCUCCGGUUCCAACGUCGUUCUGGAAGAUGAUGGCGACCAUUCUGUUAAGACAUGGGAAUGAUUGACUUACACUUCUUCUGUUAAGACAUGGGAAUAAUUGACUUACACUUCUUCUGUUAAGACAUUGGAAUGAUUGACUUACACGUCUUCUGUUAAGACAUGGGAACGAUUGACUUACUCUUCUUCUGUUAAGCUUAAGACAUUGGAAUAAUUGACUUAGGUCUAGGUGAUGCUCAACAAAGUGUUCGACAUCGAUGUAAAUGAUACUCGCUUUCGCAACUAUAAUUACUUAUAGUCAAGACACACAUCCAUGCAGUUGCCAUAGGUAGACGUAGAUGAUACCCAAAGCACUCUAUGUCUGGUUUAAAACGUCUGCAGAAGUCUCUAAUGAAGUCCCGAGAAACUUCGCAUGGUACGUGCCAGCUCUCGAUUGGCAAAACUUCACGUUAGAUCAGGAAUACCUCUUUUAUGACCACUUAGAGCGUUUUCAGAUGAUAAUUUUUAAGGUCAAAAAUAUUCAUACCGUAACUAACCGUAUAAAUCUGUACACUUUUUUUUUAUCUACAGGAGCGAGUUUUUCAUCAAAAACUUCUAUGCAUAUCAUCAAUGACUUUGAUCACUUGAACUUACUCCUCUAAAUAUUCAUUUUCAAAUGUCUUUAACGGAGGAGACAGUGCUCUUCAUUUUCUUUUCAAAUGUUUUUAACGGACGAGACAGUGCCCUUCCUAGUGGAGAUUUUGCGGAUGCAUGCUCCAAUCCACGGCGUACUAGGCUUCUCGCAAGGAGCGACGCUUCUACACUUCUUGUUGCUGCUACAACUUCGUGGAUCUGAUUCAGAACCUUCCGAUCCAGCAGAGCGGCCACGAUCUUGUGUUGAGCGUCCGCACGAAUUGCAUACGUUAGCUCAUGAUGUUCGAGAGCCUAUUGCCAUUAUGCAGGUUCUGUUGUCUCUGUGUGUGUGUGUGUCUUUUAAGGUUCUAGUAUGGUUUAGGUGUAGAUCCAUGAAAUUUUUCAUACAUGAGAAGCUUCUCGAGGACCGAGAGGAGACAAGUUCUUCAGCGGAAAAAACGGUUUCAAAUUCGCUAGCGGAGCUGGCUUCCAUAGUAUUAAGAUGGAUAAAAGAAUCGAAAAUGUAUUCCCUCUGCGGCUACACAUAUUCACCUGAGGAUACAGGUCAAACUAUGGACGGCGAACAAUCAAUAUCUAUCCUAUCCUGGGUUUCAUAUAGAGUAAAAGUAUCAAGAUCAACACGAAGGAAGCGUGCACGAAGCCGUGGGUAACUAGAAGAGCAAGGUGGUCUUCAAAAAUUAGAAUUCAUCGAGUGAAGACUUUCUCUUUCAUACCUUUGUGACACAGUGAAAUUUGGGAUUUUUGUCGGUGGGCCACCAGUCGUAAAGCCCAAUCGUCCGCAGGUAAGCGCGAAAAUUGCAUUUCCGCCAACGUUACAUUAUGAUCAGCACUAACAGCUUCUGGCUUACCCUCAGCCGCGGGUAUACUGAGAUAAUAGCACCUUAGCUCGUUGUUCAUGUUCUUGUUUUUGCCUGGAUCAUAUGUUGAAUUUGUAUAGUACUUUCGCAUAGAUGAAAUGAUAGACUGUAUGACUGUUCCUGUAGAGAAGGUAGACGAUUGUACAUGACUGUUCCUGUACUACCCACGUUUCUAAUACUCUGCAUCUCAAGAUUUAAAUUGUAUCUUCUAGUAUUUCCACCUUUCUUCUAAUCCCCUGCUUUAUGGCUGUUCUUUUGUUUCCCACCUUUGCAAUCCUCUGUAUAGCCAGUACUAUCAGUGUACAGCUACGCUUUCUAAAACUCUGUGAUCGGGGAGUCGGACUCGCGAGUGCCUCCUCCAUUGCAGGAACAGUUAAGCCGCGACUUUGACGAGCCACACUUCUUUCGCCACGAAGGAGCACACAGUGUCCCGACAUCGAGCGUUUUUGCUGAGAAACUCACGAGAUUUGUACAAGCAGCAGUAGAAGCCGUCUAGUAGUAGGUGGUUAGAAAGCUAGUCGCCUACGCAAUAGGUUGAGAAGUCGUCCUCCAGCCCUUCUGAUAUAGUACUCCGUGAAUGGGUUAACUACUACGACUACUGUUACUGGUUAGGGUUUGGGCCUAGGGUUUAGGGCUUAGACUCAUGAUUGGCCCAGUCGACACAGAAUCUGGCAGCAUGUGUUGUUCCAUUUUCGCCUGAGUCAAGCAUUGAAGAAGCGUAGGAAGAACGUUUUUCCAGAUCAUAUUAUCGCCAUUUCUG